AUGUCGGAUCCUUACGAGAGGGCGAAGGGUGGAAGGUUAGCGUUUAAAGGAGGCGAUCUAGCCACCAUCAAAAAGAAGAAGAAGCAAUCGAAGAAGAAGAAGAAGGACAAGGAAAAGCUCGACGACGGCGCCGAUGUUGAGAAGAUGGACGCUCCAGCCACUUCCUCUGCUGCAGAUGGCAAAGACGAUAUCUACUCUAUCGACGCCGCGAAGAAGAGGAAGUACGACGAGCUUUUCCCCGUGGAGGCAAAGAAGUUCGGUUACGUUCCCAAAUCGAACUUCGAUUCGGUGGCGGAGGCUCUCGACGAUCGAGUCAAGAAGAAGGCCGACCGCUACUGUAAAUAGAAUCUUUUGCAUCUCCCUUUGUUUAAUUCCCUACUCUAUGCAUAAUUGUUAUCAUGUUUGAAGACUUUAUCCCUAUUUUGCUUCUGUUUGAGACUGGUUUAUUUGGAAUCCAAAUUAGUGGUAUUUGGUAUU